CUUGGAUUAAUAAAUUUUGGCCUACCGGCUCAUACAAAAAAAAAAAACGUCUGACCUCCGGUUGUCCGCACAUACAAACAAAGCAGUUACCAUAAUUCCCCCUCAUCUUCACAGUCACUUAUACUUGCAUGCCCAUAUUGUCUUUGCAUAUUACGCAUCCUCACGAGCUUUUGCCUAAUGCAGGAACGGGAUAAAUUAUCCGCCUCUUAGCUACUGUUGGUCGUUGAUGAGCAUAUUUAAAGGGUAAAAACAAACAUGACAGCUUCUGACCUUCGACAUGCUACGUCGCACUACGCCAUCCGUAUCCCGGGUCAAGCGCCGGUGGACCUGUCGAAGCAUACUUUGAUCGACAAGAACCACAAAGAACAUCAUAUUUACUUUAACACCUCCGGCUUCCACAACCAUCUGAUCCACCAUUACUUGGCAGCCUACUCUUUGGGCUCCGACAUGAACCGAUUGCAAGAUAUCUUUUAUGCCCAUGCAUCAUACCAACGACCCAUGCCACCUUCAGUCCGAACAUUAACUCGAGAAAACUAUCACCAGGAGCUCUGCAACCGUGAGGCGUAUACGAGCUAUUUGAAUCUGUUCAAGGAGGAAAUCAAAUCCCAUGGAGUCGUCGAAACGGUUCGGUAUUGGAUGUUCAAGGACAAGAUGGUAGCUCAGAUGCUCGGCGGUGCUUAUCAUCCGUUGAUCCAUUUGGGCUAUGGGUUGGAAUUCGACUUGCCAGAUAUUGUAGCGGAGGCGUUUGCCAUGGGCGCUUGUACAGAGCCUUACCCAGAACCAGUGAUGGAGUACUUGACUGACCAACUAGAAGAAGGACCCCCAGAUCUGGUCAACGGCACAAAAACGAUCAUGGACCUUCUUAAUGCCGUUUAUAAAGACCCGGAACUUGAAGGUGUGGUUAAGUUUACUGACGAAUUAAAAUCAUCGUCAGUGCUUCAAAGUCCCAAGGCUGUAGCCAAGUUAAGCGAAUAUGCUAGUCAAUGGCACAUUAAAGAUAUCGAGUCUGCCAUUCAAGAGCUAUUAGUUGGUUGCAUUUUGCUAUUUACUACCUCGGGUAUCCGCAAAGAAGGGAUCAAAUUGGACUUUUUCUUGGCGCAUGCCGUUACUUCUGCCCAUGCAGUUUAUACAGUAUUGCCAUACCUGACGCCAAUCCAGGCAGAGCUUUUACUUCGUGGCCAUCUUACCGAGAGCCUGAUGUAUUACUUGGCACGUGGUCGUCCAAGCCUCCAAUUGGAUUUGCUGUUGGAUUACAAGUCACCACAAGCCGUGGUUCGUGCAAUCGCUCUUGCUCAAACUGUUUAUGGUAACCCGUCGAACAAUGCGAUCUUGCUCAAAGCAGCACAAGUAACCGUGGAUAUUGCUGGGAAAAGCGCUGCUGCUGACGUGGCUUUUAACUUCGCUGGUAUUGGUUUUGAAGAAGCUUGGGAACAACAGUAGGAGUAGAGACCAAUUACGUCAUAAUGUUUGAGAAGCAAGAAUUCCGAUUGAUUUGCUAUUUACUUACUUGAUAAUAAAAAAAAUAAAAUGAAAAUCUAACCACUGAUGCAGUUUUCCUUGUAGGAUAUCGGAGGUGUCAGCAACUUUGACGUUUACACUUAUAGCAACAUUGUUACUGUCUCCUGUGGUGAUACUAAAGAGAGCGCCACAGUAGCUAGUUGUAUCAUACACAGACAAUAAUGCUUUCAAAAAUGCAUCAGCAACUUUAUUUCAUUACAGAGUAUUGUAAAG